UUCAGACUCUGAGGUUGUAACGAACAAAGAAACAGGAGCCACAUUUUGUCUUAACGGUGAUGGAUUGUCUGUGAGUGAAGAAAGCAGAAAGGUCCCCUGUGCCUUAGUCCAAGACGACAACACAGUGAAGGAGGUCCGUCCUGAGGCAAAAAGACGGGCUGUCAGUUAAACAUCCGUCUGUGUCAUAUAUAAACCUGUUUGGGCAAACGCUUGUCCACAAAGUAGCUACAAUUAAGGAUGCAGCAAGUCUGUCGUCUCCCUCCGUAGACACCAUGACAUGCUUACAUCCAGGCCCAGAAGAGCUGAACCUAACAUGACCCUGGACUUCAACUCAAACAUAUGUUUUACCUUUGACCCCAAGGAAGACAUGCCACCAGCCCCAAACUCCUCUUAUAAUAUGUUGCUCAUAUUGAACAGUGAAGCAGGGUCUGUGAAUGUGAACGAAAAGUCAGUACAAGAUGGCAGUAUUGCAGGCGUCAAAGCAGAGCUCAACGAAAGCUCCAUGGAAGAGGACACAGACACAGUACAAGAUACCAGUAUUAUUACAGACUCUCCGUUGGACCUCACCCAAAGGUGCAAGGACUUGGAGGACGACAUGGACACUAUCCCCGCAGCCCCCAGUCUCCCUCUCCGUCUAUCCCCAUGUGGAGGUCCACCAAGGCCCCCAGGAAGCAGCUCCGUCCCCAGCCGGAGUGUGGAUGUUGGAGACCCAGACUUCCAGGGAGUGACGUUCCGGAUGCAGACGGAGCUGGACGACAGCAGGGAGCAGUGUCGCCUUCUCAUCACCUCCAAGAAGUACAGUGAAGAGCUCUCUAGUGGUCCGACCAGGAGGUCACUGAGAGCAGGCAGGUCCCGUUCAUCCCAGAGUUCCAUGAGGACCAGCAGCUCUGAAGAGAGUGACCCCUCCUCCAAGAAUAAGAUCUGUGCCUCUUGCUGCACCAUGAAGACUCCUCUGUGGCGAGAUGCUGAGGAUGGUACCCCGCUGUGUAACGCCUGUGGAAUAAGGUAUAAGAAGUACAAGGUACGCUGUCUGCAGUGUUGGCACAUCCCUAGGAAGGAGGGCAACUCCAACUCGCGCUGCUUCAAAUGUGGAAACUUAUCACGGCUGGCUACGUCCCACCGCAAGCACUCUGCCUUGUAGGGA